CCUCAGGCGGUGGCAGGAUGGCGGGCGCGGUCGCCGCCUCUAGCAGCAGCAGCCCCAGUCCCAGCCCGUCGUCCGGGCCGCCAAGCGGGCGCGGGCUGGGCCGUUGCGCGGCCUCGUUCUGGCUGGCGCUGGCCUUCGACGCGGUGGGCCUGUCCAUCCUGCUGAGCGGCGUCUUUGCCGACGUCUUCUUCGCCGACCUGCUCAUCUACGGCGGCGGCCUGGGCAUCUUCUUCAGCCUCCUCUGGUGGGUCUUCUGGUACGUGGGCAACCUGGAGGUGCCGCCCGCCGAGCUGCAGGACGACGUCGGCCUCUGCCGCCGCCGCGGGAAGAGGGGCUCCAGCGCGGGAAGCAGCCGGCUGGGGCUGAGGGGCAGCGUCCGCUCCCUCAGCCGCCGCAUCUCCAGCGCCUUUUCCCGCCCGCGCGGCAGCGGCGCCUCGGCUUCUACUGCCUCCAGCGCCCGAGUCGGGGCCGUGCGCUCGACGACCUCCGUGGAGCUGGAGCUGGUCUGAGCCUGGAAAGAGCGGGAAAGAGCCCAGCCACGCGGGAAGGGGCGGCGCCAUUUUCUCCGCGUGGCCGCCAGGGCCUAUCUGAUGACGUCAGGAAGGUCCCCACUUUCCAUGCUUUCUUGCAGGCUAUGGAAAACUGCCUUUCAUACAGGACUUCUUGAAGGCUGUGGCUGCUGUUAAUGGUGGAAAUCAAAUAGGAGCAUCAUCCGGAUUACUGGAAGAAUGAAUUUUUUUUUCCCCAUUGAACAAUCUCAGGGGCCUCCCUGGAACCUGCGCUGCAUGAUAGAGCCACGCUACUGCCAAAUGAAUACUUCACUUAUACAGGGAAGGAAUUGUAUAGCCUGCAUCUCAAGAGAUAUUAAAAGAAUUUUAAUUUAAAUUAAAAUAUCGUCUGGGCAGCUAGAUUUACAAUUUUUAAAGUAAAAACAGUGCUUUAGAAAGGGUGUUGGCACUUCUGCCCUAAAAUGCAUGGGCAUUGGUCCUGCGAUCAGUUCUGUGUGCAAGUGAGAAAAUAAAACAAGUAAAAUUAUUUACAGAAUGAUAAUCUUGGGCAAGAACCAUCCAUUAUCUUGUAACCAAGGCAUGGAUGCCAUUAAGUACCAUGAACAGCUGGUACCAUGAUAUCCUUACGCUAUGGAGCUUUAAAAAUUAUUUUUACAAAUUAUUUUUGCAGAAGUUUAAUACCAUGAUUUUUGCAUUUUUAUAUUGUAAAAUAUGUUCAACUAAACUUAAAAUCUUUCAAACA